AUGGGCUGGAAGUCAGCCGGCCGACCCUUCCAGGGCUGCCACAGGCUGGCCCCACUGCCUGCCAAGGGGCAGCACUGCCCCUGCUGCCCGGCCAAGCCUGUGGAAGGUGGUGCUCCAGGCCUGGCCGUGCUCCCUCUGCUGGGCACCUGCCACCCAACCCCCACCCCUGCCAUGUCCAGCCUUCUCUGGGGGACAGAGAGGUGGCUGAUGGAGAAACGCUCGACCCAGGCCAGGCCAGGAAUGGCCUUGGAGCUGGAGCAGCCACAGGUGUGUGUGGACCUGGAGCUGCAGAGCUCUGGGAGCACCGUGACAGCCAGACCCAGCCCACACCCACGCCCGGGUGGAGACGUGGCCGCGCCCUCUCCGAGUCCCGAGGAAGGAAAGAGUUGGGCGGACAAGUCAGCUCAGGCAGAGCCUGUGCAGGAACGGAAACCAGACCAGACCCCCUCGCAGCUGCCCCUGGCCAGGCUCUACCCUUGGGACAACCCCAUCCUCCAGUGGAGCCAGGCGAGGCCUCAGAGCGUGACGCCCGCACAGUUCAGCCACUUCACGCUCCAGGUGCUGGGGCAGAGCCUGCGGGAAGAGGAGCUGCGCGCGCAGCACCAGGCCGCGCUGCUGCGCCUGCGCGAGAAGGCGCUCGACGCGCGCAGAGCUGGCCUGGCUGGAGCAUCGGCAGAGGGUGAACGCAUGCGCGCCGCUCCGGCCCCGCCCGCGGUCCUUGCCGCGGUCCUCGGGGCUAAGGGCUGCUGCGUAUGGUAUCUGAAUAGCACCAGCAGCUAUGCAGCGCUGGUGGCCUCGGCACAGAAGCAGCAGCAGGCCCUCAGCAACAUUGAGCGGGAGCUGAGGUCCACGGCCCUCGUGCGGCAGGAGCUUCAGGCCCGGAGCAGGCUGCCUCAGAGUUCCAGCCCCAAAGUCAAGGCCACUCGGGAGGAGGGCCCUGGGACAAGCCAGCAGCCGGAGGGGCCCUCCCAGGCCUCCUUGCACCCCCCCGCGCAUCUCGACACCGCACAGGCCUGGCAGCCCUGGCAGCCAGCGCCCCCGGAGGAGCCCCGAGAACCCGCAAGUCCCACGGGCUCAGGUGGGACCAGCAGGCACACGCGGUGCCGGCCCUGGGGCCAGCGGUCGGGCUCCACACAGAAGUCCUACGGGGGCAGGCACCUGCCCUGCCCUGUGCUGGGGCACGGACGGAGUCUCCCUCCCACCACGCCCUGUGGCAUGCCCGCAUCUCGACACCCCAGCAGUGGCCCCAUUUUGGGGGUGUGGGCCCUGCUUGGGAAGUGGCCGGGCAGGGAGGGGCCAGGACCCGUCCUCUUUCACCCCUCUGCUGACUGCUCGGCCUCCGACCGCAGCUGUCCCCUGGAUGUGACGCGUUGUUCCACUUGUGGAACGUUCUGCCUACUCACCAAGCAGGAGGACAGGACACCACCCGUCUGGGCAGCUUCAGCUGGGGAUGGUCACCUGCAGCCUCUGAGGCUGGCGUGGGGAGAGGACACACCCGUGGCCAGCAGCCGGCCUGACGUUGGAGGCCAGCUGGCGGAGAGCCACGGCCACAUGGGCCAAGGUAACCAGGCAGCGCAGCAGCAGUGGCGGCCGAGGACAGACACCACCCCCUCGGUGGGGCCCCGGCAGCUCGCGGGGGCAUCAGGCUCAGGGUCAGACAGACCUGUGUCCUGGUGGGCCUGGCCCGAGCUGUGUGAUGGGGGCGACCCUGGCCUCGCUGUCCCUGUGUCUGAGCGCACAGCGCCCUGCAGGAGGGCCACCCGAGCGCACCUCGGGCCAACGUUUUCAGACAGUGGGGGCCGGCUGGGGGCAGGAGACCCCCAGACCGAGCACAGCCCCCAGCCAGCAGGGGAGAAGACCCUGGCUCCGACAGGAAGCCGAGCAUCAAACUUCCAGGGUCGGAGCCGACGCUCACCAAGCGCAGGGGGUCCCCUCAGCCCCCGGGAAGCCAGUCAGCCAAGGUGGCGGCACCCCCCGCCCAGCGCGAGGCAGCCCCUGGCCCGGCUCAGGGAACCCCUGGACCUGGGCUCCGAGUCUGAGUCUGCUCCCAGCGCUCGCUCGGGGUCUUUGGCACGGUCCCCCACCCACCGCUCAGGGAGCAGCAGCCCAUCCUGUCCCUCCCUCCAGGAGUCUCAGAAAGCAUCUGCCAUCCUGGUCCAGCUUUCCGAGAGCUCUGUCUCCUUGUCGGAUGGGGAAGCCAGGGACACCCCGGGCGCAGACCGCAGCCAGUCUGGGGGGCUCUCUGCUGGAGGCUCCUGGGGGUUCCACUGGGGCAGAGGGCCGGGGACCUGGGAGGGGCUGAAGGGCAGCGGGGCCCUUUCCCUGCGGGGCUCCUGCGCUGGGGCGUGCGGCCCGGAGCCAGCAGCAGGGCUCCCCAACACCCCGUCUCCGCGGUCAGGCUCAGAGCUGUCAGAGGCAUCCAGAGAGGUGCUGUCCUACGGCAGUGCCGACCUCCCGUCCUCCAUGCACUGGGACCCCUGCCUCCCUUCUCCGCUUCCCAUCCUCCCAGCAGACAGUGAGGGCAACCCUGCCAGUGCCCACUCAGAAGACUUCCCUUCCCCGCCAGAAGAUGCCGACUGUCCUGGGGGCUCAGUGGCCUGUGUGGCUGAGGACAGUCUGGCAGCUGGGGAUCCAGGGCUGUCCGGCUCUGGGCGGGGGGACCCAGCUCUGGGUUUGGGUUCAGGCCUCCGCGCCAACCUCCCGGGUGUGGAGAGUGCCAAGGUGGUAGAUCUGGUCUCCACCCAGCUCACCAAAAGGAUCCUGUGCAACACGCUGCCAAGCUCUCAGAGGCGGAGGGGCCCGCGGAUGAAGGCCGCGGGAGCGGUUGGGGGCGAUGGCCGCACACCUGCAGCAACACGCCGCAUCCUUUGGGAUGGUGCCUUCCCAUGCCCGGGGCGUCUGGCUCCCACCGGGCAGGAGGCGAGCACACUGGCCUUCCAGAGGGAGCUGGGGCCCCAGCGUCAGGUCGGCUUGCAGCUGGGGGACAAGGCUGUCGGUCGAGUGCUCAACCAGCGGGCCCGGGUCCGGCGCCCGCCCCCGGCGCGGCCCUCGCGGCUGCCCCCGCUGCUCGUGCUGCUGGCGGCGGCGGCGGGGCCAGGCGCGGGUGGCGCGGCGCGGCUGUACCGCGCGGGCGAGGACGCCGUGUGGGUGCUGGACAGCGGCAGCGUGCGCGGGGCCACGGCCAACAGCUCCGCCGCGUGGCUCGUGCAGUUCUACUCCUCGUGGUGCGGCCACUGCAUCGGCUACGCGCCCACCUGGCGGGCCCUGGCCGGGGACGUGCGAGACUGGGCCGCUGCCAUCCGAGUCGCUGCCCUGGACUGUGCGGAAGAAAAGAACCACGAGGUGUGCCGCGCCUACGAGAUCCAUUUCUACCCCACCUUCCGGUAUUUUAAAGCAUUUGCAAAGGACUUUACAACUGGAGAAGAUGUUACAGGGCCGGACAGAGAGCCGCAGACGAUGAGGCACAUGAUGAUCGACUUCCUGCAGAGCCACACGGACGAAGGCAGGCCUCCCGGGUGCCCGUCUUUGAACCCCAUUCGGCCCAGGGACGUUCUUUCUCUCAUUGACAACAGUGGUGGCCGUUAUGUGGCUGUCUUAUUUGAAAGCAACAGCUCCUACGUUGGACGUGAGGUGAUCUUAGACCUGAUUCCCUACGAGAACAUCGAGGUGAAGAGAGCGCUGGGCUGGGAUAAAGCCUUUCUGCAGAAGCUCGGUGUUUCUUCUGUCCCCUCGUGUUACUUGAUUUACCCAAACGGGUCCCACGGAUUAGUUACCGUCGGGAAGCCUCUCCGAUUGUUUUUCUCCUCUUAUUUGAAGUCAUUGCCGGAUGUGAGGAGGAAAUCGCUUUCAUUGCCUGAAAAACCAAGCAAAGAAGACAACUCUGAAGCCGUGGUUUGGAGGGAAUUUGACAGGUCGAAGCUGUACGUGGCUGACCUGGAAUCGGGGCUGCACCACCUCCUGAGGGUGGAGCUGGCCGCCCGCAGGUCCCUGGCCGGGGCCGAGCUGAAGACACUCAAGGACUUCGUCACCGUCCUGGCCAAGCUGUUCCCCGGGCGGCCGCCGGUCAGGAAGCUGCUGGAGACGCUGCAGGAGUGGCUGGCCAGCCUGCCCCUGGACAGGAUCCCCUACGACGCCGUCCUCGACCUGGUCAACAACAAGAUGCGGAUUUCUGGAAUAUUCCUUACUAAUCACAUAAAGUGGGUUGGAUGUCAAGGAAGCCGACCAGAGCUGAGGGGCUACACGUGUUCUCUGUGGAAAUUGUUCCACACUUUGACUGUUCGAGCUGGGACCCAUCCAAAAGCGCUGGACGGCACAGGUUUUGAAGACGACCCCCAGGCAGUGCUGCAGACCAUCAGGAGGUACGUUCACAUCUUCUUUGGGUGUAAGGAAUGCGGUGAGCAUUUUGAGGAAAUGGCUAAAGAAUCGAUGGAGUCCGUGAAAACCCCGGACCAGGCAAUUCUCUGGCUUUGGAAGAAGCAUAACGUGGUCAACAGCCGCUUGGCAGGCCACCCGAGUGAGGACCCCAAGUUCCCAAAGGUUCCAUGGCCCACUCCGGACCUCUGCCCGGCCUGCCACGAGGAGAUCAAGGGCCUGACCAGCUGGAACGAAGGCCAGGUGCUCCUGUUCUUGAAGCGGCACUACGGCAGCGACAACCUCGAGGACACGUACUCCUCGGACUUGGGAGACGCCGGUGAAGGCGCCCCGGCCACGGGCGCGGAGCGGGCGGGGGGCCACGCUUCCCCAGGGCAGCCGCCCGCAGACCAAGGUGCCAAGAGUCUCCGUCCCCCCGGCAUGCUGCCCCCCAGGCCUCGCCUGUCAGAGAGGUCGCACCAGGGGCUGGACGUGAAGCUCGGGAGUCUGCGCGGGGCCGAGGGCCGCCGGGGGGCAGGGGCGGCCUUCCUGGGGACGGGCUUCUCCAGCCUGGACAUGAGCCUGUGCGUCGCGCUCUACGUGGCCUCGUCCUUGUUCCUCAUGCUGAUGUGCUGCUUCUUCCGGGUGCGGUCCAAGCGGUGGAAGGUCAGGCACCACCACCCGGCCGUGUAG